ACAACCGGGAAUCGGCAGGCGGUAGCAGACGAAUUUUGGUUGGCUGUGUGAGGUCUGACGUGACUGUGUGUUUGCUACCUGGUGCCUAUUUAUUAGAAGUGUCAUUUAAAUUUUCAAGUUCAAACUUACAAUCCUCUUGUAGUAAUGAGAAGUGUUACGGGAUAGAUUAAAAAUAGUAUUCUGGAAAUAAAAUUUCCUGUUUAAAGUUUUGUUUGAUAGAAAUUUAACGAAAAUGAUUGGUGCCGCAGCUAUUUUGGACAAUGCUCUUCUAAAGAGUAAGGUUAGAGGCUGUCUUGUGGGAGCCUUGUUAGGUGAUUGUCUUGGCAGUCCUUAUGAAGGAGAUAGUAGUGUAUCCAAAACAGUUCUUCAAAAUUAUUUUGACAAACUCAGUGGUCCAUAUUUUAAAAAUCCAACAAAAAUGUACACUGAUGAUACAGCCAUGACAAAAUGUAUAUCUGAAUCUCUAAUUGAUAAACGAGGACUGGAUUCCAAGGACUUAGCUAAAAGAUUCGUGAAAGAGUAUUUCAAUCAACCAAAGCGAGGAUACGGCCCAGGUGUGGUGGAGGUAUUCCAUAAGUUGAAGAAUGAGAAGUAUGAAGAUAUAUGGCGACCAGCCAAGCAACAAUUUGACGGAUCAGGCUCGUUUGGCAAUGGAGGAGCAAUGCGAGUCGCACCUAUCGCACUCUUCUAUCGUGACAACUAUGACAAGAUGGUUGAGGCUGCUAGACAAGUCACCUUGCUCACUCACACAAACAGACUCGGUGUCAACGGAGCACUCCUUCAGUGCAUUGCUGUGUACCUGAGUCUUCAUCAGCUCCCUGGUAAACCUUUGGAUGUCACAGAAUUUUCUGCAGCCUUGAAACAAAAGAUGGGUGACAUCGAGAAAGCAGAUCAGAUGGAAGAGUUUGAGAACAAAAUGCCAUACACUGAGAAGCUGAAGGCUAUGGAUGAACUGUUGAAAGAUGACAACGCGUUGGAGGAAGAAGUUCAGGGUAUUCUGGGACAUGACAUAUCAGCGUUAAACUCGGUGCCUACAGCAGUCUACUGUUUCUUGCGGUCCCAGAAACCCAUCCCAAAUAUCAAGACUGACUGUCCUUUCCGGCGUACUAUCCAGUAUGCUAUAUCCCUGGGAGGAGACACAGACACUAUAGCAAGCAUGGCAGGAGCUAUUGCGGGAGCCUUCUACGGAAUGGAAACCAUCAAUGAAAGUUUACAAAAACAUUGCGAAUUUGUCAAUGAAACAAUUAAUCUGGCUGACAAAAUCAUAGAAAAAUCUGUUUCCUAGUUGUAAUGCAAUGUACAUAUUUGUAUCCCUUGCCAAAUAAUAAAGUUUAUAUUAUAUUUUAAUUCA